GUCUCAGAGCCAUUUUCCCAGGACACUGAUCUUUUACGCCAUCUGUCGCGUGAUCUCGUGAAGUGGCGUGACAAAAUAUCUCGCGAGCCCACCAUACGUCAGCAGUGUACGUGUUUUGAAAAAAAUCAAGAUGGCGGAGUACUUUGACGAAGUUGUGCUUGAUGCGGAGGACUUGGAAAAACUCUUUGAAGCUGCAACAGAAUUUGUUCGAACUAUAAAGAAUUUAAGCGAUGAGAAAAAAUUGACUUUUUAUGCUCUUUACAAACAGGCUAAAGAAGGACCAUGCAAUACAUCAAGACCAGGGUUUUGGGAUAUGAUAGGAAAAGCCAAGUGGGACUCUUGGAAAAAACUUGGAGACAUGUCAAAGCAAGAAGCACUAGAACGUUAUAUACAGGAACUUUUUGAAACAGACCCUGAAUGGGAAGCAAAAUAUGCUGUCACUGAUGACUUGACCCCAAAGGAAACUGAAAAACCAGUUCACAAACAGACAAUGGGUCUUGCUGUUAGCACACUCAGAGGAAAUGAGGAUGAUGUCAUUAGUGAUGCUAACAAGUCAGUGUUUGAUUGGUGCAAGGAGGGUAACGUUAAAAGGAUGGAUGUUCUUCUGAACAAAGGGGAGAACAUUAACACAAAGGAUGAGCAGGGUAUGACUUUACUCCACUGGGCCUGUGACAGAGGCCAUGAGGAGGUUGUAACAUAUCUAAUAAAAAACAAGGCUGAGGUUAAUAUACAGGAUGCUGAUGGUCAGACACCUCUACACUAUGCUGCCACCUGUGAUUUUCUGUCAAUAGUAAAAGAACUCUUACAAUGUGGAGGAGAUUCUACAAUUAUCGACAGUGAUGGCUGUCGCCCAGCUGAUGUUGCAGAAAAUUCAGAAUUAAAAGAACUUCUGAAUAUUUAAAAAAUGCAAGUUUUUAA